CCUAAGCCUUGCCCCUUGGCCAGGCUCCUUUCUUCCGGGUGGGUCCUGGCUUUCGCGAUGGGGAUUGCCUGGCUACACGGUGGGCUCAGCCAAGCAGAGGGCGAGCGCCUGGAGAGGGUCUCUCCUUCAUUUCCAAGGUGUGCCUUUCCCGAUUUUCUUGGACCAUGACGGCUGCUUUCCACGGAGCUGCGUUCCCUUUCUACGCGUCUGGAAGCGCAGCGUCGGCGAGCUCUGGUUUUGAGCCUGUGCUUGACUAGCGGGGUCGGAGGCGAAAGCCUGCCGCUUGCUUCCUCCUUUCAGACUCCCGUCCUUCAGAAAAGUCAAACUCCUGCAAUCUUGCUUGGGGGGAUCUUUGUUUUCAAAGGAAUCAUGGAGUUUGUAAAGCAGGGCGUCGGUUUUCAGUUAUGUAAACGACUGAACUUUCCAUUAAAAAAUAAAAUAAAUUGGAGGGGAAUCAAGACCCUACAAAGGCGUGGCAGGUAGAGCUGUCUUCCUCCUACCUUUGCCAUUACGAGCAGCAAUUAAGCAAACGAGCUUUCCCCAUUACAAAACAAUUUUCCUGCAUACUGAAUAAAACUUCACUUGCAUAAUACUAGGCUGUGGAGCUGCUAUUAAAGGCACAAGAGUAGGCGGGCGGGGAAGGGGGGGAAUUGCCUCCAUUUGAAGAAGCAGGAAGUUGCUUGCUCUCAACAACAAUAAUAUUGGUGGUUGUUGCUCUCAACAUUGUUGCUCUCAACAACAAUAAUAUUGGUGGUGGUGGGGAAUGUUGUUCUUACCCUUCCUAGCAUGGGCAACUGAUAUUAUCCUUAAAUCAGGACCAUGCCUCUAGCCCCACCCCUAUGGUCACAGCUUUGCCUCUGUGCUGUCCACACCUUAUGGGGCCUAUCUCUAAUAGAGUCUUUUGUACCUCUUGGUACCCUGAGGCCUCCAUGCAUAGGACAAUCUUCCCUCUACAGACAUUUCUCCCAACACAUGGGGACCUGUUAUAGCAGAGAUGUAUAGUUCUCAACUUGAGGUGGGAGUAAAGUGGGGAUCAAUCCAAUACUUAGGCUUACAGUGUUGCGCUUGUUGUUUUUAGAUGUUUUAACUUUUUAAACUUUUCAUUUCAAUCAUAUUGCUUUACCACUCUGAGCUCCUUUGGAAAGAAGGGCGGAACAGAAAUUUAAUAUUAUAAUUAAAAUUGCAUCAUAAUAAUUUACAUCUAAAGCAGUCCUGAAAGUGUCGCUCCAUUUUACUCCACUGUCGUAGUCCGUUAUAACAGUUUUAUCACUGGCAUACUAAAAAUACAGUAGUACCUCAGUUCUCGAACGUAAUCUGUUCUGAAAGACCGUUCAGGUUCCAAAAGGUUCAGAAACUGAGGCACGAAGGGCUGUUUGCACAUUCAAUUGAGAAAAUUGAAAAAUACGCAGCAGAAGCCAUUCGACUUUUGAGGCGUGUUCAAAAAUGGAAGCAUUUACUUCCGGGGCUUUGGCAUUUGUGUUCCAAAACGUUUGUCAACGGAGACGUUCUAGAACCGAGGUACCACUGUACUGUCAUAUGGUCUAGGUCUUUCCUCUCUCCUGUCAGCUUCAUACAAGUAAACCAUUGUUUGGUGAUUUUUGAUUUCAGAAUCUAUCUAACUACUCUGUUGGCUUUACUUAUAUCACUUGAUGCCCGUGGGACAAAUGCAGCUCUGAACAUGAAACCUAAUAUUGUUCUGAUGUUGGCCGAUGACCUUGGGAUUGGAGAUCUAGGCUGCUAUGGCAACGACACUAUCAAGUAAGUGAUUUUCAGGUUACUGUUGUAUUGUUGUGAAUAUGACACUGGCUAAAAGGUUUCUUGAACAGCUUUGGGCCAUCUUCCAGUUGAUUUUACUUCACUGUCGCUUGUCACUACAAAGGAGCGUCACCUAUGUGAUGCAGGUUGCUUGGACUGUCAAGAUAAAUUGCCAUAUAUUGCCUCCUUCUUUUGUCUCCUGCUAUUUCAUUCUAUUAAUAUAUCACCUUUCUAUCUCAGCACCCCCAAUAUUGACCGGCUGGCAAAGGAAGGAGUGAAGCUUACUCAGCACAUUGCUGCAGCUUCGCUUUGUACCCCAAGCAGAGCAGCUUUUCUGACUGGCAGAUACCCCAUCAGAUCAGGUCGAGUAUAUUUGGAAUGUUUGGUUUGAUGUGCAGCUGAGACAAUGUGCAAAAUCGAACAAAAUAAGCAUGCUGAAAGUAGUACAGUUUUGUUCCACAUGAAAAACCAGUACUUCAUUCCUGACUGCAUUUUUUAGCAUGAUACUCAGGUGCUGAUAAAUUUAUCUAAACCUCUUUUACAGCCAUCUAAGCUAGUGGCCAUAGCCUAUUGUGGCUAUGAGUUCUGAAAGUUAACUAUCUGUCUUGUCUUGAAUCUACUAUCAGUGAAGUGUAAUUCAGUGAUGUAUUUCCUGAGUUUAAAUAAUGACAAUUACUUAAAUUGUUGAUUUAAUUAUCUGUUGAGAAUUGUCUCUGUACAUGGCAUUAGGUUGGAUGGUACUGGGAUCUGUUGAAGUUUCACCAGGCUGAUGACGCAAGGAACCAUAUUUAAAUGACUAAGCUUUGUAUUUGUUUUUACAGCUUCUAUAAUACUUUCCCCAUCAAUGAAAUGGUUUUAGCAUUAUUAUGUUGCGUCCCAGGACAGGAGCUCAUUCCUGUGAUAGUAUUAUUUAAAGGAAGGAUAUGGUGUUUUUGUGACAGCAGCAACCUUUGGAUCCAGCCGGAUGAAUUUGUACAGCUGGGUUAUAUUGAUGUCUUGAUAAGGUUUGAGUGUAAAAAGUGACGCAGAUCCAUGUAAACUGAACUUGAUAAAUGUAUUGGUGGUUGGUUUACUUGUGGCCUUUAUCCUUGGUAAUACAGGCAUGGCUUCAGGUGGUUCAUAUCGGGCUUUGCAGUGGAACGCUGGCUCAGGAGGACUCCCUGCCAAUGAAACCACUUUUGCCAAGGUCUUGCAGCAGCAGGGUUAUGCCACGGGACUUGUAGGUACGUAGAAAUCCUAUGACCUCCUCAUGAUCAUAGGUGUCUAUAGAUCUUCAGGUCUUCAUAUAAAAACAAAUGCUUAUUAAAUCUUGGAUGUGAAGAUGAUGAAAAAUUACUGGUUCCAGCGGAUAAGAAAAUGUUUGUUGCCUGACCUUUCCUCAUCAUAAGGUCUGUGGAAUGAAGGCAGCUUUGACAUUGACUUAAUUCCCUGUUCCCAUAAGAUCCUCUGUUUGUUUGUUAAAGCUAAGUGUCCCCAUGCUUACCUGGAAUUUGCCCUCUUUAACCUGUCUGUCUGCCUCUCUCUCUCUCUCUCUGGGUGUGUGUUGAGAAUAAAUCUGGGGUAUUUGGUAUGACUGGGUCAGAAUGUGCUACAUUAACAUGACCUACUUUUACGUGACUUAUACUAACGGUGUUACACAAUAACCUGCCUGUACUGUAGCAAGCAUUUGAGCGAGGCAAAUAUGUUACCAAGUGUGUGGGCAAGUAUGUCUUUGUUUUCUGACUUGUAUACCCACUUGGUAACAUUCAUGCUUUAAGAUGGCGGAAGUAAAGUGAAAAGAAAAAUCGGAAAUACCAAAUGAUUGUAAAAAGAGAGAAAAGAAAUAAUACUGUAAGUAGAUUUCCAUUUAUAGUUGCAUGUAUGCAUCAGUACCUAAACACCUGGCUGCAAUUGUGUAAACAGUGUGCAGGGACAGUAAUGACUGUAUCUUAAGGUCAUCUUGAGAUUCAGGACUGGGUUAGAUGUUUAGGACUUUUUCUGUGUGGAUUAGGAGUGCUCCUGAAGUGAUGCAUGCUCAUUGCUGCCUUCUGUGGGAGUCUUUCUCAGACUACAUGCUGGGCUCGUGCGUGAGAGUUAAGAGUCAAAUGAUUAGACCAUCAACUGGAAAGGAAGCCAAGUGCAAUAAAUUGUCGACUGAUUUCACAGUGGAGGUUAGUAGGUCAAGAGACUCCACUAAAUCUGCUGUGUUGCAGUUUCCCUGUAAAUCUAAACGUUCACAGUACUUCUAAAGAUUCACAGUCACAGCGGUCCUUUUGAGAAAUGGUUCAUGUAUUAAACAUGAAGAUUAACACUGUCUGGCACAGAUGGUCAGGUAAUGCCACUUAAAGGAUCAUUCUGAAAUCUCCGCUUAAAGGAUCAUUAUAGGGAGGGAAAUAAGGAUUUGAGUGGACAAACACGCCAUACUUUUAAAGCACACUGAUACCAGAUUUACACGUUAUGGAGAAGCUUACAAACUAGUUUCUUGAGGGUACUGGGAAUUGUAGGUAUGUUAGGUGAGCACACUUAACCCCUUCCAGUUCCCAGGAUUCUUUAGGGGAAGCCAUGACAUGCUAAAAUGCUACAAGAGUGCUUUAGUGCUGCUAUAGUCCCAUGAAACUGCACGGUUGUACAGUGCCAUUCAUUGCGACUGUGUUUGAAAGGAAGACCUUCCUGGAAGAUAACUUUAGUUAUCAAACUUUGAAGGGGUGGGCAGCAGAAUCCACUCCAAGUAAUAGUAACAGACUGUUUUCUGCUUUAAUUUCCAGGGAAGUGGCAUCAAGGGGUAAACUGUGACUCUGUCCAUGAUCACUGCCACCAUCCUUUGAGUCACGGCUUUAAUUACUUUUAUGGCAUGCCUUUCACUCUUCUCAACAACUGCCAGGACCACAAGCCUCCAGAGUUGGAUGCAGCGUUGCAGGCUAAGCUGUGGUUUUACACCCAACUUAUUGCCCUUGCAGUUCUCACAGCUCUUGUAGGAAAGACAACAGGACUGGUCUUUGUUACUUGGAAGGUGGUCACCUUUUUUGCUUUGCUUGGGUUCCUGUUUUUUGCUUCCUGGUACUCCAGUUAUGGCUUUGUGAAAUACUGGAAUUGCAUCUUGAUGCGCAACCACAACAUCACUGAACAACCAAUGAAGCUGGAAAGAACGGCUUCUCUUGUCCUAAAGGAAGCAGUUUCAUUUAUUCAGAGGUAAUUGAACACUUUCCCUGAAAUAUCAAACUGCAAAGAUGCUGCAAUUUACUAAAUGUGUUCUAUUCAUUUCUUUUAAGCAACAAGCAUGGGCCAUUCCUCCUCUUUGUUUCUUUUUUGCACGUCCACACGCCCCUGUUUACAACAGAAGCUUUUCUUGGGAAAAGCAGGCAUGGGAUAUAUGGAGACAACGUAGAAGAAAUGGACUGGUUAGUAGGUGUGUUGGCUUUCUCUAAGCAUUCUUCUCUUGUUAAUGGACACUGAUCACCCCAAGUGGUGGUGAGGCAUGGACUAUGAUUCUGUGGCUGUCUUGAACACUGCCUUGUUUAUGGGCUGCAAGGAUUGAGUGAAUGAUUUAAAAAUCAGCUACCCUUUCUUGUAGUACAAAGGUGAAAUAUAGAACAUCCUGCCCUCAGUGCUGCAGUUUAUUACAAUUUUGGUGGGAUCACAGACACGUCCUGUUAGGAUGGAGAGGAGGAGGAGAAAGGUUCCUGCAUGGCUACUGUCAAUUCUACAACGUACACCUUUAUGCAAUAAUUUGAUGUGCAUCUAAGGAACAGCUAGCCUCUUUCAAAGUCAGGAGGGAGAGAUAGGUUAUCCCUGUUUCAUGAGCAGUUUUAGAAGCCAAGCUUAACUUGUACCACAGGACUGUUUUGAGGAUAAGAUAAGACAAAUUCCUUGUGUGCUAUUGUCUCCAUAGUAAAUAUUUGUUUUUGGUGGGGGGUUAACUCUGUAGGUCAAAUUCUAGAUGCUAUUGACAAGGAAGGCUUGAGAAACAACACAUUGACCUAUUUUGCCUCAGACCAUGGAGGGCAACUGGAAGCUCAGGAAGGAACAAUACAGCUGGGUGGCUGGAAUGGCAUAUAUAAAGGUAAACAGUGCAGCAAUAUAGUUGCUUUGCCUAUCUGGAAGUUUGGGUAAUUUUGCUUUGGGUUGUUUUUCAGGAUAAAUUGAUCUCUUUUCCUGUGCUAUGAAAUUAGGAGGCAUGUGGUCUUUUAUUGACCACACCCUGUAUACAUAUGUCUAUGGGAACUCUUUUGAGUUGCAUAUGGCUGAUAAAUAUUAUUGGGUAACCCACAGCUGUCCAUGGAGGCGCAGGUCACUUCUGUGUCCAGGGCAGCUGUCUACCAGCUCCAUCUGGUAUGCUGCCUGAGGCCCUACCUACUCAUGGACUGUGUUGCCAGAGUGCACUGAGCUCUGUGUGGGGCUACCUUUGAAGGUGACUCAGAAACUACAACUAAUCCAGAAUGUGGCAACUAGACUGGUGACUGGGAAUGGCCACCGGGACCAAAUAAUACUGGUGUUAAAGGAUUUCCACUGGCUCCCAGUACAUUUCUGAGCAAAGUGUUGGUGCUGACAUUUAAAGCCCUAAACAGCCUUGGGCCAGUAUACCUGAAGGUCUCCACCCCUAUCAUUCAGCCCAGACACUGAGGUCCUCCUCUGAGAGUCUUCUGCUGGUUCCCUCACUGCAAGAAACAAAGUUACAGGGAACCAGGCAGAGGGCCUUCUCAGAAGUGGUGCCCUCUCUAUGGAAUGCCCUCCCUUCAGAGGUCAAGAAGAUAAAGAACUACAUAACUUUUUACAAGACAUCUGCCCUAUAUCGGGAAGUUUUUAAUGUUUGAUAUUUUACUAUGUUUUAUAUAUGCUGUAAGCCACCCAGAGUGGCUGGGGAAACCCAGACAGAUGGGUGGGGCAUAAAUAAAAUAAUAAUACAAAUACAAAUAUGGAAGGUUGCAAUAUAUUCUAAAACCUGUGAUCUGCUUUUGUUUGAAAUGAAAGCAAUCCCACUGAUUCUCGGCCCUUUAGUGCAUAUUGAUAGUUUCAAAGAAAAUGGAAAGGCCAUGUGGUUCCACCACCCACAAGAGACUUGGAAUGUUCUUUUGCUUAGGAAAGUAAGUAUAAUAAACAUGUCUGUUUCUGCUAUUGUGUUCCCAAUGUAGGGGGCAAAGGCAUGGGAGGUUGGGAAGGAGGCAUUCGGGUGCCAGGCAUCUUAAGGUGGCCUGGAAUGCUCCCUGCCAACACUGUUGUUGACGAACCAACAAGCCUUAUGGAUAUUUACCCUACGGUGGCUCAUGUGGCUGGAGGGACUGUACCACAAGACAGGUAUAGAGCCUGUAUCCUUGCUCAUAUUGUGCAUGCUCUACUUGAAGGCAUCUUGAAAUAAGCAGAAUUCAUCAUGCAAUAUAUAAUGUAGCCUGGGAGCAGUGGACAUUGAUAGUCAGUGUAGGUUCUUUGUUCAAGCAUACACUUUUCCUUCCUUCCUUCCUUCCCUCCAUCCCUCCCUCCUUCCUUUUGGGGGUGGGGCGGGUUAUCCAGUAUUCUUCUGCAAGAGUCAGUCAUCUGAAUUAAGGUAUUAAGCAAUACCUUUUUGUAGGCAACGUACACUUUUCCAGCACUUUUGCUAUCUUUUGAAAUGAAAGAAAGAGGAAAUUCCCAGCCCACCUAGUGCAUCAGUGCGAUCAUUAAUGCUGUGUGGAAUAUGGUUGUGUUGGUGUUGUAAGCAUCUACUGUACAGCAUUUGUGACGUAACUGAUGACCAUGGUUCCUCCAUUUAUGGCCUAUAUUAUUUUGUGAAUGUUGGAAAUGUUUCCUUAGUUAGGUUUUGUUUAUAAUUUUGGCUGCUCCCUCUCUGCAGCACUGAAGCUUAAGCAUGCUCACAUAACACUUAAAAGAAGAAGAAGCAAAUAUCUAAAUAACUGCACUACUUCAUGACUUCUUUCCUAAUAAUUAGUUCUUUGAAUAGUGUAUACACUCAUCUUUCUUCUUUGUUAUAAUAUCUUUGGACAUAAUGUAAUUGCGUCCCUCGUGGCCAAAUCUGUGUUUAAUCAAAUGCUGGGGGGAAAUAUUGAAAACAAAGUUUUCAGGAUGUUGUUCAAAAUUGAUGUGAAUGCAUGGGGGGGGGGCUCUGUUUACAAGAAAGCACUGCAAAAACAUGGCCUUUUCAUUUCAGUCUUCUGCCUGAUGACGUAUUCUUUCUUUGUCGCUAUAGAAUAAUUGACGGAAGGAAUCUAUUGCCUUUGCUACAACAAGAAGUCAAGCAUUCAGAACAUGAAUUCAUGUUUCAUUACUGUGGAUCAUACUUACAUGCAGUACGGUGGCAUCAGAAAGACAGUGAGUACAACAAAUUCCCCAGUGUGAAAACAAACCUCCUGUUAUUUAAAAUAAUAAGAUGCAGGUAUACUUAAAUUUACUACUUUUUUGUGGGGGUGGGGGGAGAACAUGCCUGGUAAUCAUUGCCAUAGAAAGCAGUGUUCCCAAGACUGCUGGGGCUAAAGUUCAUUGUCAAUGGAACUUGACAAAAUCAGGCCAAGUGGCCAGAAGGAAAGUGAGAGGAAUAGAUUACACCUAAUGCACUGGGCUAUUGGAGAGUUGUUCUUGUGCAUUUCCUUCUGUUGGCAAGUAAAUUUAUUUGAAUUUUCAGAUUUCAGCCAGAUCUCCAGGGAAUAUCAUCACCUUCAUGAUUAUUGUUUCAGGGUGUUUUUGUUUGUGCUUUCUUUUUCUUCCCAGGUGGUGCAUUAUGGAAGGCUCAUUACAUAACACCAAUCUUUCACCCCAAAGGCGCAGGAGCCUGUUAUGGAAAAGGGAUUUGCCCAUGUUCUGGAGAAGGUGUAACACGUCAUGAUCCUCCUCUGCUGUUUGAUCUCUCAAGAGACCCAUCAGAGGCUGUGCCUCUUUCACCGGACACGGAGCCCUUGUUCCACACAGUCCUAAAGCACAUAGGCAGAGCUGUGGAGGAGCAUCGUGGGACCCUCACACCUGUCCCACAGCAGCUCUCUCUUGGAAACAUUAUGUGGAAACCAUGGUUGCAGCCAUGCUGUGGGACCUUCCCCUUCUGUUGGUGUGACAAUGAAGAAAGUGAUACCCAUUCAUAUAAAGUCGGCUGACCAAAGAAUCCUUUUAUGGCAGAGAACAUCAUUCAAGAGGUUUCCUGUGUGAUUUUAGCUGCUUCCUGUCAGUUAAGGUUGCUUUCUCCUGUUUCUCAAGGAGUCCCCAGGCUUGAAGGAGGAUGCAGCCACAUCAUUUUCUGCCUGUCAGACAGGCAGGUGGCAGUAAAGAAGCUGAUAAAAAAAAGAGUUCUUACCAAUUAGUUUAUUCAAUAAUCACAGCGAGAGACAAAGGAAUGUAUCUCUCUCUCUCUAGAAAUGGCUCCAAAUAAAGUCCUGCCCUCCUUCGUCUCUGUUAUGCCACGUCAUCCCUGCACUGGUUGGUCUAAUCUUUCUGUCUCUGAGCUUUCUGUUCAGCUACUCAUACUGCCUGCCUAGUCCUGGGGGAGGGGGGCUCAGGAAUGCUCACCAAAGACACUGUGUCUUGUCAGCUGUUUCUACUUGCUCUUCCAAUAUUUCCCAGCUUUUCCCCUCUACAUUCUCUGAACCUUCUGCAAACCACUGUUGUAAUUCUAUGUUGUCCUCCUGUUCUUGGGAAGGUUGUGUAGAAGGGGAGUGGCCCACACCAUUCCUCCUCAGUCCAGCCCCUGACGCUGCCCUUCACAUCUCCCAUUACUGUCACCUGUUCUCCCUUCUUACCUGCUAGACUUUGCACAACACAGGAUGGGGUGCAGGGUGUGUGGAUAAGCCUGAGUAGGACGGCAGAGCAGUUCUACGCUCAUGGCUACAGGGCUGAUAAUGAGAGAGAAAAGGAUUUCUACGUUAACUUUACCAGUGAUAAUUAUACCUGAAAUGAGAACUGACAAUAAUUCUGCACGGACUAUUUCCAUGCAAUAAUUGGCAACUCCAAGCACUUAGAGGAAGGCACCAUCUAAACAUCAUAAACUAGCUCUUGCCUUUCAAAAGUUCUUAUUAAACUAGCAAGCAAAAUCUAAGAGACACACUAGAAGAGGAAGAAAAAGAAAACCAUGUCACUAUUUUCUCAUUGUGUGCUGAUCUGGUACAUGUUACAAGAUUUUGAUCCAUGUUUAAAAUACAAGGCUUCUGGGUUUAUUUGUUUUUAAGAAAGAAGGAUCAAUAAGAGAUGUCCCUCUUCUGCUUGCCCACAUGCCUUUUCAUGUAUAAAUGAGAUGUAAUGCUCUGUGGUGCACAAUCCGCAGAUAUUUUGGUGGGGUGGACAGAACAGAAAUCUGAUGAGAAAUCUUGCAAGCACAAAAAAAUAUACGUAUGGCAAAGUGUCUAAAAUGAAGCAAAAUAAGCAAAAUCAUGAAGAGGUAAAUAGCAAAAGAGGGAGUGCUAAAAGGAAUGUGCAGAAAUUAUAAGGAGGGGCUGGACAGCUGAUGACAUUUCUGAUCAGGUCUCCAAACAGAACUUGAAAUACCACUUAAAAGGUAAGACUCUCAAAUGGUGAGCACACAAUCACUGUUGACCUUGGUUCUGUAUUCUCCCUUCCUAUAAAAUACAAGUAUGCUAUCCCUUUUCCAUGUAAGCAUCUGCAAACCAGCUUACUAAAAUUUGUGGCUUGGGUUUGGAGUCAACUAAUAGUCAUAUAAGGGACGUGGGUGGCGCUGUGGGUUAAACCACAGAGCCUAGGGCUUGCCGAUCAGAAGUUUGGUGGUUCGAAUCCCCACGACGGGGUGAGCUCCCACUGCUUAGUCCCUGCUCCUGCCAACCUAGCAGUUUGAAAACACGCAGUGCAAGUAGAUAAAUAGGUGGGAAGGCAAACGGCGUUUCCAUGCGCUGCUCUGGUUCACUAGAAGCAGCUUAGUCAUGCUGGUCACAUGACUCGGAAACUGUAAUCCGGCUCCCUCAGCCAGUAAAGCGAGAUGAGCGCCACAACCCCAGAGUCAUCUGCAACUGGGCCUAACGGUCAGGGGUCCCUUUACCUUUAAUAGUCAUAUAAACCUCAAACUUUUUUGGAUUAUGAUUUUAAAAAUUAAAAAUAAAAUUAGGCUGCAAUCCUAUACAUAUUUACAUGGCAGCACGCUCCCUUGAACAGAAUGUGACUGGCUUGUGAGCAGACAUACUCAUGAUUAUGCUGGAAGUAAGGCUUUUGGAGAUUAGUGUCCAUUUUUGCAGUACUAAUAAUGACUCAUAUUUUGCUUUUGGGGUAUUUGUUCAUGAAUUAAACUGAAUAAAAUAUAUGUUUCAGU